AGUCAUGUCUAAAAUGUUAUUUUGGAUGAUUGUUUUUGAUUUUUUUUUUUCAUUUGAAGAACUAAAUAAUUUUCCAGAUUAAUCCAUUGUUGGUGUCCUUUCCUAUCAUUCAGGAGGAGUUCUCAUCACUUGAUUUGCCAGACAUGAUUUGGGGUUGGUUGUUUGCCAUCGGCGUCCUCGGUAUUUCCUCUCUGGGAAUCUUUGCUACGUGCUGUGAGUCAAUCAUCGGCCUCAAACUAUUUGCAAGCUUCAUGGGGAUUGGAAUGAUCAUCAUGUUUUAUGGUGGCAUCAAUGUAGCGACAGGAAGAAAUGAGAUAGAGACUGCCCUCCAGAAUGAACUACAAAAGGCCAACAUAAGAGAAGAAGUCAUUAGAAGUAUGGUUGAGGAGAUACAGUCAAAUUUUCAUUGCUGUGGAAUUAGGAAUGCCACAGACUGGGGUAAUAAUAUCCCUGACUCCUGUGAAUGCAUUUCUUCAAAUACUGGAUAUGCAAUGAAUGGAAGAUCCAACUCACUUAGAUGCAAAUCCAAGCCUCAG